GAGCCUCCAGUUUGCAGAAAUUCGAAUAUUUCUUUCCUUUAAAAACUUCUGUACCUCUGGAACUUUCAUAUUUGUGAAGAAGGCAUCAUGCGCCAACGCCUUGUCCCCAAGCCUCGACUUGAUGCAAUUAUUUAAUUAGUUACCAGACUUUCUCACACAAACAAUUAGCUUAAUGAAUCUUAUUUGCCAGAGCAACGGGGGCUUCUUUCCGUUUCACUUCCUUGUCAAAAAAUGGAGAGCGACCAGGUAAAGGUCCUGAAGGAAAAAGCCAAAGAAACGAUCGAUAUCUAUUCUCCUGAAUUAUAUGAACUGAACAAAAGUGUAUGGGAAAACCCAGAGCUUGGUCUUCAGGAGAGAUUUGCUCACGAUCAGCUGACAGAAUUCUUGGCGGAUCAAGGCUUCGAUGUAAUUCCUCAUUACACUUUGGAUACGGCUUUUCGGGCGGAAUGCGGAGAGGAUGGAGGUCUUACAAUUGGACUGAUUAGUGAAUAUGAUGCUUUACCGGAAGUAGGACACGCUUGUGGACAUAAUCUGAUCGCUGAAUCGGGAGUAGCAGCGGCUUUAGGCAUGUUUAUGUUGUUCAUUUGCUUGACAAACUUCUACCUGCCUAAUAAAGCGAUCCAUAUUUAUCGGACACGUCUCAAGAUUGCUUUGAAUGCUAUUAAUCAGAAACCCAAAGUCAAAAUAGUUCUCCUUGGAACUCCUGCUAAGGAAACAACAGGUGAUGGGAUCAAACAGCAUGUUUACAAUAUUAGCCUGCACUUUGCAUACACAUUAUAG